AUGCCAGUGAAGAAGGGAGAUUCAGUCACGCUACCUUCUGGUCUCACUGAAAUGAAGGAUGGUGAUCAGAUUCGGUGGAUGUUUUGGUUUAAACGUAUUUUAUUAGCUGAAAUCAAUAAACAGUCCAACAACAUGACUGUAUAUGAUGAUGUUCUUGACGGGAGAUUCAGAGACAGACUGAAGCUGGACAAUCAAACUGGAUCUCUGACCAUCACAGACACCACAACUGAACAUAAAGGAUUUUAUAGCCUACUGACCAAACAAGACGCCAUAGGUUUCAUUCUCAUUGUCUAUGCUCGUCUGCCGGUUCCUGUCAUCAUCAGUAACUCUUCAAACUGCUCUUCAUCAUCAUCUUCAUCAUAUUGUUCACUGGUGUGUUCGGUGGUGAAUGUGAGUCAUGUGACUCUCUCCUGGUUCAAAGGACACAGUUUAUUGUCCAGCAUCAGUGCGUCUGAUCUCAGCAUCAGUCUCUCUCUACCUCUGGAGGUGGAAUAUCAGGAUAAAAACACCUACAGCUGUGUGCUCAACAAUCCCAUCAGCAACCAGACUCAACAUCUGGACAUCAGUCGACUCUGUCACACAUGUUCAGAAUCUGUCCACUGCUGUGGUUCUACUGAAGCUGUGAUCCGAUUGGUCCUCUCUGCUCUGGUGGGCGUGGCUACUGUCCUUCUUCUGGUUUAUGACAUCAGAUCCAGAAGAGCUGAACAAGAGAAUAGGGUUCAGUCUUCAUGCUGUCUAUAA